AUGACUUUAGCUUCACAGGUACCACCGAACUAUUUCAACGCAACUAUGACCUACCGACAAGAUUCACGUUAUUUCUUUCCCUAUGGACAAUUCGUCAACUUGUCUUCUAAAGAUAUGGGAAGAAACUCUGAGACCGUUUACGAGAAAAAGGUCCGUGGCAUGCUGAAAAGGAAGACAAGGGGAGCACUCAUUUUUGUUUCAAACUGUCAAACACCUUCAAAGCGAGAACGUGUCAUAAAGGAACUAGGUCAGUACACAGAAGUGACGGUAAGAGGAGGUUGCGAGGAACUUCUGAGCUUCGGUAAUGGCACGAAAAGUUUCUCAUGCAAAAGAGAUUGCGAUGACGAUGCUCUCAUUGGCACCGACGUUCCUCCAGGAUCGUUUAUUGCUCUUGACGAUUUCAAAAACACCAAACAUUUGGGGGAUUACUUGAACUUCUUGCGAAAGAAUGAUACCGCGUAUUUGAAGUACUUUGAAUGGACUAAACACUAUCGAUUUCCAUCGAAUUACACAAGCAACGCGUUAUGCAAACUUUGUGAAGACAUCUACCAUAAGGAGAGUUUAAAAGUGGAUAAUAUCGUCCAAUACUACAUCAACAAUCAAUGCUUAGAUGUACGGUGA